AUGGCGGGGCCGCCGCGUUGCGAACUGUGUGGGGCCCGAACGGCCCCGCUGCGCUGCCCCGGCUGCCGUCUCACCUACUACUGUGAUGUCUCUCACCAGAGAACUGACUGGAUCAGCAUCCACGGCCAUAUCUGCCACCUGCUCAUCCCAGUCCUUGGGCCCCAGCCCUGUUUCCACUCUGAAAAAGACAGAAAACAUGGCAAGGAGCAGCUGCUGAGGAGGCAGGAAUCCCUCAUUGCUGUGGCAUUGAGCACAGCCCAGGGGUUUGUGUGGGCAGGGAAGCCCCUGGAAGCAAUUCCUGCAGCACUGCAGGCGCUGCGCUUCAGCUCCCAAGUGUUCGGCUCUGGCUCCGUGCAGCUCGUGCCCAUUUUUCUGCUGCUGGCUGAGGCCUCCACGGGCACUGGCCGUCUCCGCCAGGCAGCCAAGUAUCUCUCCCAAGCCCAGUGGAUCGUCCUCCAAACCCCAGACUGCAGUGCUGCUCUUCAGUCUAAGUUGCAUCGUGGGCUGGGGCUUUUCUCUAUUGCUGAAGGAAACCUGGACCAGGCUUUGUAUCACCUGGCUAAUGACGUUUACCUGGCUACUGCUGAGUUUGGACUAAAUUCUUUUGAGGUCUCUGGAGGUUACUUCCACAUGGCCAACAUUUUCUUCCACCAGAAUAAAAUGGAUACAGCAAACUCACUCUAUACUGAGGUGAGCAGCCUCUGGCAUGACUGGCUGCUGAGCUCCCUUCAGGGGCACCAGCGAGUGCUCCAGGCCCAGGCAGAGGCAUCGCUGUUCUCUGAGGAUGAGGAAGGCCUCGAGGAUGAGAUGACUGAAGUCCAGCACGAGGAAGGAACACGGGUGCUGCAGGCAGUGCUGAAGGUCCGGGAACAGGGACCACUGCAGCAUCCUGGGGAAACAGCCCGAGUCCUGCAUGCCCUGGCCAUGAUCCACUACCUGAGCCUGGAUUUAGCCAAGGCUCGAGAGGUGGGGAUGAAAGCCUUCGACCUGACCAAGCAGCUGCCCCAGCAAGACUCUCUAGAAACCAUUGGUCACCUGCUGGAGCUGAUUAAUGCCCAGUUUUCCCACACCACAUAAGAACUGGCUCUGCCAGACCCAGGUGUUUGGCCAGGUUCUCUCUUAUCCAGGUUCCUGAACCAUGAGCGUCACAAACCCUUGGUCCUUCCUGCUGCUGCCUCUUUCCAGCUGCGUCCCUGGCU